AUGCCUACAGGAACCCUUUCUAUACCUCGAAACAAGCGCUGGUCUGCGGUUUCGGGCUCCGCCAACGCCGAUGUCGCAUAUCAAAAGUUCCUGAAAGAAAAACCAAAUGUAUACGAAUAUGUGUGCAUCUGCAAACGCCCUGGCGCUAAUGACGAUGAUGAAGAAGACGAAGAUGUCACCGAAGAUGGAGACAACAAUGAACCUGAGUGUGACGGGGGUAAAACCUGUCGGUGUUACAAGCCUGCGACCGACUACCCUGAUCACCCCUGGAUAUUUUCUAGAGCUGGAUUGGAUAAAAUGAUCACUUAUCGUAUCAUGUUGGAUCUGCGAGACCCGGAAGCCUUUUCGAUGUACACUUUCAACGACCACUCCGGUUAUGGUGCGAUUGAAGUCGUACAGAAUAUGAUGCUCGAUUUCGAGGAAGCCUCGGGCAAAUGGCAGCAGCAGUGGGCCGUGAUUGAAGCCCUAGCCUGGCUGCUUAGUGGUGACUUCCUCGCACCUAUGGUGAUGAUUGAUGAUGGGGAUCUAUUCCGGCAAACUUCACUCCUGCUUGAACAGAUGUUCCUCGCCAUGCUCGCUGAGCUCCAGAAGGAAGGCCAAUUGGAGGCACACUCUGAUGUCCACAAUAUUGGUUUGAUAAUGGGGUUGAUUGCCAGUGAAGCCAACACUUUGCGGUCUGAUGGUUUCAUUAACAUUAAGAAGUCGAAAGCGAAGUCGUAUCACGGACAGAAUUUCAUUCCCUAUCUGCUCGCCUAUGCCCGCAAAGGCAAUAUCACCAUGCGCGGACCGUCCAAUAUCGACGAGAUAAUUGCUGAGGGUGAAGAAUUGUCAGAACAGGAGAACGUCGAGCUUCCCACCGCCCCAAAAGACCCCUGGGAAUGGGGCACGGCAUUCAAGGCAUACAAAAGAAACGCAGUUGCCCCCUACGGCGGCCGUCCCAGGACAGCCAUCGGUGGUGACCGUCUCGACAUCACCACCUAUUCUAGUGCAGAGCGGAAAAGAGCAAGUUUCACCACGAAAGAUCCGCUUACUGCGGAUAUGAUCAAAUCGAUCAAGGAAGGCUCCAUCUUCAAUAUGCGAUUUCCUAUCUUUUACAUUUUGCCUGCUGUCCUGGCCAGGUCAUCCCACCUCCUGCGCGCUACCGCGGAAUUCGAAGGUGCAAUUCAGGGGACUCUAGUCUUGGAGCAGUCCAAAGACACACUUCAGAUUGACGGCAAAUUGAGCAAUAUCCCACUUGGAAGCCACGGGAUUCAUAUCCAUGAGUUUGGAAAAACCGGCAACGGAUGUCUUGACGCGGGUGAUCACUACAAUCCAACCAACCAAGACCACGGAGCCCCCGAUGAUGAAGUGCGCCACGUUGGUGACUUUGGAAAUAUUGACGUUACCAGUGACCCGUAUUUGCUUAGUUUAACGGAUCAUGUUGCUAAGCUUGAUGGUCCAUACUCUGUGUUGGAUAGAGCAAUAGUUAUUCACGCGGGUAAGGACGACCUUGGUAGAGGAGGCAACGAAAAUUCAAAAAAGAAUGGUAAUUCAGGGGCCCGCUUGGGUUGCGCUGUUAUCAAAGCGGUAGACUAG